AUGAGCCCUCCUGAGCAGCAAGCGGUUGGCCCUCCGGACGGCAAAGACAUCGAGGCAGACACUCAGCUCAUGAUGGCCUCCGUCGCAGAGCUGACGAAAAACCUUUUGGAUCCGAAAUCCAACCGACUUCACCUCCGUUACAGCAUUCAUGCCUUUUUUCGAAAGUUUAGGCCCAAUUAUGAAAGACAUAAGAUACUGGACGCAUUCGAUCCGAGGGUCAAAGAUUUCGUCAAGGAGCUAUGUGUUGAAGGUGACCGAGUCCAAGAGGAGGGCCGGAUGAGGCGUUUCAAACAAGAGGUUGCCGACCAUUGGAACAUUACUCCCGAGGAUCUAACCUCCAUGUUUGAAGAUAACAAAAGCCGUGUGUUUUUCGAGUAUUUGGCCCGCGUAUCCCGCAGGUACCCUCGUGAGGAAACUGUCAAGGCCCUUGAGGAAGCUCGUAUGAGUCGAAGGUCAGGAAACACUAGCUUGGGCGUUUCCGCAAGAAGACCUUGGGCUCCAGCAGACGUCAACAUGGCCGAGAAGAUGCUGGAAGCGUUGGAAUUAGAACACAAAGGGAAGGUUGGCACCGAGAAAUCGUCUGAUCAACAUGUUCUCGGUUCGCAAAAAGCCAAGCAUCCAAUGUCUCCCUCGAGCCAAGCGCCUCAUCACGAUGGCAAGUCAUCUGACGACGAAGAGGACAUGUCCAGCAGUUUCAACUGGCCUGCGAACUCCCCACGAACACCCAGUCCACAAAAGUUCCAUGCGGGCGUGGACUCAGAAACAGUUGGAACGAUUGCGACAGGGAAUUCAAUGGCGAAGAAUCUGGGAGAGAAUGAAGACCAGCUGGAACAACAAAAUGUGUCUGGUCUCUUUGAUCAACAACACUCAGAUGAGCCCAAGCUGAGCCGAAAGCGAACAAUGAGAAGUCUUUCAGUCCACGGCACGGAUGAUUCGGUCGAAUAUCCGGAAGUAGCUACAAAUCGCAAGCGAAGCAAAAGGAACAGCGAGGGCCCAUCUCAGCACAGACAUACCUCACCGCUGGUUCUGCUUGGUACCCCGAGCCUCAAGUCUGUCAGCUCUUCCGUGGCGGGGCGGAAGAAAUAUGACAAGAAUGGUUCUCCAAAGAACAAGCCCCAGCUACAGGACACAGCACAAGAUGAUGAAGUGCAGGAAGCAGAUGCCCAGCCAUCGAAUCAGCGAUUGCCAGAUGUUGACGACAACUCAAAAUCAAAGGAAAACCACUUGCCACACGCGAUGGCUUUGAAGACUUUGGCAUCUGGACACAAGCUCGACGACGAUGCCAUCAAUACAUGUCUCCACUUGCUUGUCAGAGCGACGCGAAUCAGAGAUUUUCAGAUGAUUCCCAGCCUUUUUGCUGUGCCAGGAGCCCCGCCCCAGAAGUUCAUCAAAACUUCCAUCUCGAAAGCACGUGUGGUCAUUGUGCCUUUACACCUCACCAGAAGUGGCCAUUGGGUUCUCUCCAUUUUCGACACUGAAGACCGACAAGUCGGUAUCAUCGACUCCCUUCCUACUCGCAAUGGCCAUGUCGCGGAGGAGCUCAAUGAACUGUUGUUGUUCAUCCUAGGGGCCUACUUUGGUGAUGAUACAGACUGGGAGAUCAGCCAUUUACCAGGUCCUCUGCAAGCCAACGACAUCGACUGCGGAUUGUUGCUUUUGGUGAAUGCUCUAUACCUCCUCACCGGUCAACCUGCGCCCGAGUCAGUCAAUACUGAGUUCUGGAGACGAAUCUUCAUGGCAUUUGGUGGAUCGUCUGCACAAAAGCAUUUCAUAUUGGACAACGUCAAAAACGAGACCCUGGCAAUCUCAGAUGUCGCACCAGAAAUGCCGUCGCCAGGCACCAGUCUAUUCUCGGAGAGUUACAGAGCGGCUGCCGCAUCAAUGGAGGAGUACCUGAAGCGCAUGAAAAGCCGUGUACGAACUGCGCACCAGCAGAAACUUUCAAUUCUACAAGAACAUCAGAGAGCUGCCAUCGGCGCCUUGAAGGUGAUUGAAAAGCUUUUUCUUAGUCUCACAGAAGCGGAAAGGUCUGCGGAGUCAGGCAACUUGGAUGCUGAGAUCGCGAAAAGACGCGCCGUCCUGCAGGCAAUGCGUGCAGUAUCACCCGAUAACCAUGACCCCGAAGGGUCUUCAUAUCAAAAGCUACAAAGCAGUAUUAUCAAGCAAAUGGAGAGAGAUCGCAUUUGCAUCCAGCGCUCUGUCGAAAGACUAGGUGUCGCCAUGACUUAUGUACGACAAGCCAGCUCAUACAUCUCUCAACAGCUUGAGGGUAUGCAGGAAGCAUCUUCUCUUGACUGA